AUGGUGGCCAUCAGCAAGAGCCGCAUCAAACAGCGCAAUGCGUUUUCAAAGCAAGAGAAGCACGAGAGGUUGUUAUUGAUAGUGUUGGGAUCGUUAUCCAUUUGUUGGGCAGGGUUGAAAGUGUUCAAUGCUUCUGUUGGCGGGGACGGCUUGACCGGUGCUGUAUUAUCGAAGCGUCUGUCCGCAAUGAAAGACAACCAUGUUCAUUUGAAGUUACAAUCCAAGAGUCAACCCAUGUUGAGUGAAUCCUACAAUGCCAUUGCCAUGGAUAUUAUUGGCACCUUGGAUUGCAAGACCCUUCUCAAUAAAACCGUAAUUAUGCCCGGUGGAGGAGGAGGAAUGUACGACGAUUAUGUUCCCGCCGACAAUGAAAAUCUAGAUGGAGAACAACAAGAACAAGAACGCGUUCGACGACGAAGAAGGCUGGAAGAAGAAGGAGAAGCCCAAAAAACAGAUGAUGGUGAUGACAGCCUUCGCAAAAACAAUAAUGAAGCGGGCGAAGAUCCCAAUAUGGAAGCCGGUGCCAACGGCGCAGAUGAUGGUGUACGAGUGGACCCCAACUUUUCUGGUGACGAUAUGAAUAAUUUGGACAACUACGAGGACGUGACAGCCAAAGAACUCUUCUGUCUCGCCGCUGCCACAACCACCAUGCCUGCCGAAAAAAUUCAACAACACAAAGAACGAAUUCAAUGCGAUGCCACUGGAACCAGACAGGAGGCUCUCUUGGAUGUUUGGUCAUCCGCACGGGCUCAAAUGCCAGAAUCUCUGCUUCUCAAGACGUUGGACUUGGCCACCGAAACGACUCGCACACUGGGAAAACACACCGUCAACCUUUGGAGUCCACGAAAUGACGACGGAAUGAAUUAUAUCCUCAGUCAGGUCUCCAAUCAAGACGAAACGGCUCGCGUCAACGGGAACAACUUUUUUGGACUCUCCCAUAAUUUGGGACCGGACCACCUCUAUGUGGAUGUGGGAUCUUGUUUGGGAAUUACGGCCUUGGCGGUGAUUCUGGAAUACCCCAAGACCAAAGUAGUAUCCGUGGAACCAGCCGCUCCCAACUGGCUGAUGCAGGAGAUCAACAUGAAGUGCAAUCUAGACGAAGAUCAACAACCUACACUAUUGCUAACCGGGGUGGGACCUCACACCAAGGAAACCAUGGCAGCCAAGCUUUUGUGGCGGCCGUCGGCUGUCACUGCCACGCGUGCAUGGACACCGGCGGAAGAAAAGAUUGCCGGAGAGGAUGAAGAGCUGUUUGUGCAACUACGACCAUGGAAGGCCAUUCUAGCAGAGGCGGAGGUCCCCAGUUCGCAUCAUAUCGAUGUGCUACACAUGGACUGUGAAGGAUGCGAAUACAAUUUGAUCCCAUCCCUAUCAGAUUCCGAAUAUGAUUCCAUUGAUACGGUGAUGGGAGACUUGCAUUGGGGAUACAUUCCUCUCCACAAGCUUCCUUCUAGCAAACGUGGUGAAUUGACGCACAAUCGCCUCUGUCAGCAUGAGAACUUUGCUCGCACGGCCAAAGAGUGCUGCGGCAAUUUACACUUGCCAGUAAGGUCAUCCAUCCCGGGAGAGGUGCUCAUUCUAGAAGGAAAAGACACGGCCAACGGAGGCGCCACGGUGGUAGAUGUGAUUGCGGACAAUCUAUGCGACGAUUUCGAUUUGUGGAAGCAGGAGCACCAGCUGUAUGACAUCAUGGAAGACUACGGAUGGUUUGAAAUUUCCAGUGUCGCCUCCUAA